AUGCACCUGUGCCGAGCUCUCUCAGCUGAAGGCAGCAGAGCUCGGCACCGCACCCCGUUGUGUUCCAGUGGGCGCAGUUCCAAACACCCCCUCGACCGACUGCCUUCACGCCUUCCUAUACAUCCUCACGCUCUUCUUCCCUUUUCUUCCCUGCCAUGCGCGACUCUCACGCUUCGACUCUUAGCCCCUUUCACCUCUUCCCCCGGGUACCCUCGUAGUGAGGUCUAUGAUGCCGUGUGCGCACACCCAACCUGUUCAAGACCGCAAGCGCCCAAUUCGCCUCUCGUUUCCUCUAUUGCCUCUCCUCCAUACCCGACCUCUCGCGCCUACCCCAUAUUGGCUGUUGCACCUCUUGCCUCUUGCCGCUGGUUGGAGGUGAUGCGGUGCACGCGUUGGCUGGUGCUGGCGGCGAUCCUCGCUGCUGCGGCUGUGCGCGCUACCGUGACGGGCGACUUCACCGCCGAGCAGCAGUCCAACACGCUGGCGGUGCUGCAGGCGUUUGCGGGCGCGAUCCCUGAGCUGCAAAGCACGUGGAGUGGCAGCGACUUCUGCUCGUGGGGCGGCGUGACGUGCGCUGUGUCCAGCGUGCGCGUGGCGGGAAUCAAUGCGAUGUAUACCGGCACGCUGCCGGAGAUGCCUGCGGGCGUCGACUACGCGAACGUGAUGAUCACGCGCCUCGACUUCUCCACGAUGGCGCGGGGGCUGAGCGGGACGCUGCCGGACAGUGAGUGCGACCGACGCACUCUCGCUCGCUCCUCCCCCUUACACGCCUCUUCCUGGUGCUCCAGCAGGCGAAUGCGCGGCCGCCCCCCCACGGGGGGAAAGUGGGAAAGCUGUGCGACUUUCCUCUGCGCGUCGUUUUUACUCACCGUUGUGCGGCACAGCGCGGGGCGACGGGGGCCGGCGGGGGGGGGGGAGGCGGUGGUGUUUUGCUCUUUUUUGCCCAGCGCGAGCGCGAUCGUUAUCGCGCCUGCCACUACUGCUUUGGAGUUGCCGCUCUGUUUGAGAAGGGGCCCGAGUGUCCCCGUGGCCCCUCCUCUCUCUCUCGUUCUCGCUCUCGCGUUGCUUCCACUGUCCACGUCUCCCGAGCACGCCCCACUGCCCAUCCGACCCCCUUCAUGUCUCUGCUCCCCUUUGCCGCUUGUCGUGCCCCUUUUUAGUGCUGUGCUCACUGAAUUACAUCUCGGCCUACUCUGCGAGGUGCUUGUCGGAUUUCUCGUAGCGUGCCUGCGGACCACGUAA